GAAUGUAUUAUCCAACUUGCUAACCCUAUUAGUCUUGUCACAUUCCUUUAACUCAAUGUGUGAGUUAACAGUAAUGCUUGGUAUAGACAACUUAACCUGAUAUUAAUGGAGCUAUUAUCAAUGAAAGAGAAUAGUUGAGAAUGUAAUUGAUGGAAUUGGAAGACAGAUAUCACAUUGACAUUGAAGAAUUAAAAAUAAAUCUUCUUUCUGAAAGCGAAAGGAUUCUAGUAUUACUUUAUUCUCAUUCCAUAGUAAAAAUCUUUAAAUGAAUUGGUCUAACAAUAUGAGCCUUAAAUCUAUUAGAAGGAUUCUCAAAUUAAUGUAUUAACUUAAAAAUUGUAAGCAGCUGAAACUGCUCUGCAAUAAAUACAAUCUGAGAAUGCUAAAUUAAAGGAGGUCGUAUUCAAAAAAAAGGAUAAGAUCAAAUAUUACAAAUAAGAAAUGGAAAAUCAAAGUAACUUUCACUUACAGAAAUUAAAUGAAUAAGAAUAAUUCUGGAGAGAAAGAUUGAAUAAAGAAUUAGUAUUAUAUUAUUUCAUUGUAUUUAGAAUUAGUAAAAAUAAAUAUUGCUCUAAGAAUUUUAAUUUGAAAAGAAAUCAUUAGAAGAUCAAAUUUAUAAACUGAAAUCUCAAUUGGCUCAAUUUGAUGAAAAAUAUCAACAAAUUUUAUUUGAUCUAGAAGUAUGAAUUGCUUUAUUAACAUAAUAGAAAAUUAAAUAGUAACUAUAAGAAAAAACACAUGAGUGCGAGGAAUGGAAAACCAAAUGCAGGAGACUCGAACAUUUAGAAUCAAUUAAACCAUAAGCAAUAGAGCAUUCUCCAUCUAGAGAUAGAGUAUUGGAAUCAAGAAUCGAAUAAUUAGAAAGAGAAAUUCGAAUAAAAGAUGCUAAAUUGGCUAAGAAGAAGGAUAAAGUCUAGACUGUUAUUCAACAUGUGCCUUAAUAAGUGAUUGUGGAAAAACCUAUUGAAAGAAUAAUAGAAAUUGAAAAGAUUAUUCCAGUUGAAAGAAUUAUCAGAGAAAGAGUGCCUGCUAGAUAACCAAUUGUUGUUUAGCAAAAUGUUUAAAGGAAAGUGGAAAGUGAAUCUGAAGAUGAGGAGCUAAUAGAAGAAAUUAGAGUGUUAAAGAGAAAGAUUGUAGAAUUACAAUAAGUAAUUGCUAAUCUUAAAAUUUAACUUGAUGAAUCUCUAAAUGAGAGAGAUGACCUGUAUCAAUUUAAUUAUAAAGUAGACAACAUAAUUAUGAUAUCCUCCUGGCCAAAGUUAGAUAACUUGAAGACUUGUUACGUAGCAGAAAUAGGGAACUUUAAGAUAAGGUCAGUUCCUUAUAGCAUGUAAAAAAAGAUGAAGACAAAAUUAUUGUUCAUGUCAAUCAGGGCAAAAAUAAAACAAGCCAUGUUGUCAAAAGAUGAAUAAAAUAAAACUAUAAC